AUGCUGCCGCGGGCCGCAGCGCUGCCGCCGGGCACCUCGGCGGGGCCUGGGUGCCACUCGCCGCCGCCCGCCGGCUUGGAGGAGGAGGAGGAGCCACCGCGGCUGCGGGGCCGGGCCAUGGCGAGCGGCGGCACCGCCGCCGAGAGCGUCCCGAGCCGGGCGGUGGCGGCGGGGCCGCAGGCAGAGGCCGCGGAAGAGCUCGAGGGCGGCAGCCGGCGGUGGGGCGCGCAGCACGCCGGGGCCCGUGAGCUGGCCGAGCUCUAUUCCCCAGUUGCAGGAGUUAUUACGGCUGACUUUCUGUCAGGAUUAUUUCACUGGGGAGCAGAUACCUGGGGAUCUGUGGAGCUACCCAUAGUUGGAAAGGCCUUCAUCAGACCCUUUAGAGAACAUCAUAUUGACCCCACAGCAAUCACCAGACAUGAUUUUAUAGAGACCAAUGGAGACAACUGCUUUAUGACACUGGUCCCAUUGGCAAACAUGGCAUACAAAUUUGUUUCUUUUCCCCCAGAGGCAUUGUGUGAAACAUGUCCUUGGGAGUGUUAUGUCUUUGCCCUUAUCAUCUUUAUAACCAUGACAAACCAGAUUCACAAGUGGUCCCACACGUACUUUGGUCUCCCACGCUGGGUCAUAUUUCUACAGGACUGGCACAUUAUCCUGCCACGGAAGCACCACAGGAUCCAUCAUGUGUCUCCACACGAGACCUACUUCUGCAUUACAACUGGUUGGCUGAACUAUCCAUUAGAGAAAAUAAGAUUCUGGAGGUGUUUGGAGAACAUUAUCCAAGCAGUUACUGGGGAGAAGCCAAGAGCAGAUGACAUGAAAUGGGCUCAGAAAAUCAAAUAA